AGUGCAUGCCUUAUCUCCGGUGCACGGUCCGGCCGUUAUCCCCUUAAUUGCCCUUUUCAGUCCACCAGCACCUGCCGUCCUGCCGUGGCGUCAUGACCCGUCACUGGAUGCGCCUGCUCUUAUCUCCAACCAACCCGGCGGCCCCUACCCAAACCUUGCUGUGUCUUCUGUAAUGUGGCAUGGCAGUGCCUUCCCGCUGGCGUGGCUCAGACAGAGCCAUCAGCGGUUGUGUCUGUGUCGCCUUUCUCGCCUCUCUCCGCAGCGGACAAUACGUCUCAGCUAUGCCCAUCAAACGAGCACAAGACAAGUGAGCACAAGGGCAAUGGCGACUGCGUCUGAUGAGCAGAAAGCCCCCCUGGAGGAGAGGACGGUAGCUGGCUCUUUUCUGUUCAAGAUCCCGAAUGGGGAUGACAAGCAGGCAAAAGUGGCACUGUUCAGACGAAGCAGCAAAGUGCGCACAUACCAGCACAAACUAGCCCCUUGUUCCGGAAGUGUGGAAGAGUCCGACGCGAGCCCGCUUGACGCUGCGCUGCGCGAGAUCCGGGAAGAGACCACUCUUCCGGCUUCGUCGCUGGACUUGUUGCGCGUCGGCAAGCCUUACUCCUUUGUAGACGAGUCGAUUGGCCGUAAAUGGAAUAUCAAUCCCUUCGCGUUCCGUCUUAAAGACGUAGCAGAAGGCGGGAAGGGUGAGGAGGGCAUCACUCUUGAUUGGGAGCACGAAGGCAUCGAGUGGUUUGACCCGUUGCAAGUCAGCGGGUCGGAGGAGUUUGGGGGCGUACCGAGAUUAAUCGAUAGUUUAAGACGAGUAUGGCCUGAGUAUGAUCUGGGUUCGGACGCGGGCCGAAUUUUGACGGAGGGUCUGCAGAGACUACGUGAUGAUCGCGAGCAUGGUGCCAGAGAACUUGCAGGGGUGGCUGUCUUGACUCUCCGAGAUGUAGUUCGACAGAUGUUGCUUUCCCACGCCGUAGAUGAGAGCAGCUGGGCAAAAGUGCGCAUGGCUGCGUGGCAUCUCUGUCAAGCUCGCCCUGCCAUGGGUGCUGCCAUUACGACCGCAAUAUUGAAAGCCUUAGAUGCUAUUAAAGCUGCUUACGUUUCCGAUAUGGUCCCAGCAAACAAGGCCGAACAAGUUAUCCAGGCACUAGAGCAGCAGCUUGCCCAUAGAAAUGCCACAACCGACCGAAUUUGCCAGACUUUCUCCAAAUUCAUACGCGACUUGCUACCACGGGGUGAGAAUCCUGAGUAUACACUCUCUAUCCUCACGCUGUCCUCGAGCUCCACGAUGUCCAGCUGUCUGUCGCACGCUAUAUCGACUGUGAAUAUUAAAUUUGACCUCCGUAUCUUGGAAUCGCGUCCGCUCUUUGAGGGGGUGACGUUCGCUUCCAGAAUAUUGAAGGAUUCAUCACAGCACUCAAAUUUCAAAGUCACGCUCUACUCAGAUGCCUCAGCUGCCCUUGCCGCUGAAAACACCGCUCUUAUUCUUCUCGGAGCCGAUCGCAUUAGCUCGGCUGGUGAUGUGAAUAAUAAAAUCGGCUCAUUCUCAAUGGUGCUGAGCGCUAAUUGUGCCGCUCCAGACGCAUUUGUCGCCGUGCUGAGUGACACGGAAAAGAUAGCAGGUCCAGGUGCCAUGGAGGAACACAGUGCAGAGGAAAACUCACAUGUAGAACUAAGCAGUACCUGGAAAGGGGCUGUCGAAGGCGCUCAGGUUAUCGAAGACGCAUUGUCUCGGGAUGACCCGAGGAUUGCUGUCAAGAACGCCUACUUCGAAUGGGUUCCUGCCGAGUUCGUCGACUUUUAUCUCACUGAGGAAGGUGAUUGGCUCGAGCAGCAGGUUCAGCAGCGGUCGCAGUGGAUUGGGUAUGAGUUCGAUCAGUAUUUUAAUGGAUUAUGAGAAUGGCACGCUCGCUUCAGUGAUCUUGAGAAUUAGCUUAUGUGUGUCCAAGUAUGUAUACUUAGUGCCAGUUUCUGAAAUCGGCUUGUUUGUGUUCAUGUAUUUUUUUCGCGUUGGCUGCAAAUAUCUAGGUAGAAUGAGCGAUGCUUGGCUGGAGUAGUCAUGUCUUGAGAGAGACUAGAGGUAUGCCUCAUGUGCUCUAUAAGGCACCAGUUUACUACUACAACGUGUUGAUAAUUGUCACUUUCCAUAUUCUUGCUUCAUAUUAUGUUAACUACCUAGUCU